GACACGUAUUUCUCGGGCGUUCGACGGCGGCCGCGCGCGAGUCGACGACGCGCCGAAUCGCGCGAAUUCGCCGUCCCGAACGUCGACCCGUCACUCGCACGACGCUGCCCGCGACCAUAGCACCGACACUGGACGCCGCACGGACGGACCGACGAACGACGCGCUGACGAACGUUUGACGCGAGAGAAACUCUCCGCACUCUGACGUCAGAGUUACCCGUUUGUCGUUCGGUUUUCGUCACCAGACUAUUCCUUUUCACAGCACAACUUCGUCUCCGCGCGUUCCCCUCCCCCACCGACCGACGGUUUCACUUCGCGUUACACGCCACCGUCGCCCAGUUCGUCAACCAUCGUCCGUCGGACACGUACGCUCUCGCCCGAAGACCGAAGUCCUGAACGCGUACCCGCGUCCGCUCGCAGACCAGUCGAACACGCGCACAGAACCAUGGCGUGCCCAUUCAUGUCAAAACUGCCUUCUACUUAUAUCAAAAACUAUGUUUCUGGUUUACUUAAAACAUAUGGUCACUCAUGUCCAGUUAUGUCUAGAUUCAUAAAUGGUGGAUCAUGUACAAGUUUAAUUAAUGAUAAAACUGAUAGCAAGAAAAAAUGUCCAUUCCUAGAAGAUAAAAAUACUGCUAAAGUAGUCAAAGAAGUCAGUAAGGAAAUUCAAGAAGAUAUUAUUGAACCAAAAUAUGACGCAGAAAUUAAUUACAAUUAUGAAAAAUUUUUCCAUGAGCAAAUAAUGCGUAAAAAAGUGGACCAUUCUUACAGGGUUUUCAAAAAAGUAAAUAGACUGGCUCUGGAUUUUCCAUAUGCUUUAGAAUAUACAGGAAAUGAAAAACCGGUUACGGUUUGGUGUUCAAAUGAUUAUCUUGGUAUGUCUUGUCAUCAUGUUGUAAAGAGUGCUGUUCAGCAAACCUUAGACAAAUUUGGGUCUGGUGCAGGAGGUACUCGUAAUAUUUCUGGAAAUUCCAUGUUUCAUGAAAAUUUGGAAAAAGAUUUAGCUGCGCUCCACAAGAAAGAAGCUGCCUUAUUGUUUACAUCAUGUUUUGUUGCAAAUGACUCUACAUUAUUUACUUUGGGAAAAAUGAUACCAGGAGUACAUAUAUUUUCGGAUUCUGGUAAUCAUGCUUCGAUGAUACAAGGCAUUCGAAAUUGUGGAGCUCCCAAGCAUAUAUUCCGACACAAUGACCCAAAACAUUUAGAAGAACUUUUGAUAUCUGUCGAUCCAUCUGUACCUAAAAUAGUUGCAUUUGAAACAGUUCACUCGAUGACUGGUGCAAUUUGUCCUCUUGAAGAGCUAUGCGAGAUAUCUCAUAAGUAUGGAGCGUUGACUUUUGUAGAUGAAGUUCAUGCUGUAGGUUUAUACGGUGAUCACGGAGCUGGUAUUGGUGAAUUACGUGGUCUAAUGCAUAAAAUGGACAUUAUAUCUGGAACAUUAGGUAAAGCUUAUGGCAAUGUAGGUGGAUAUGUAGCCGGUUCAAGCAAUUUAAUCGACAUGAUCCGUAGUUAUGCAGCAGGUUUCAUAUUUACCACAUCAUUACCACCUAUGGUCUUAGCUGGUGCUCGAGCAGCUGUUGGUGUACUUGCCUCAGCUGAAGGUCGGUUACUAAGAACAAAACAUCAAAAGAACGUUCAAUAUCUCCGACAAAAAUUAUAUGAUGCUGGUUUACCAGUAGAAUCAACUCCAUCACACAUCAUACCCAUUAAGAUUGGUAACGCUAAUUUGUGUUCAAAAAUAUCAGAUCUACUACUUCAAGAAAAAGGACAUUAUGUUCAAGCCAUUAACUAUCCCACUGUACCUAUUGGUCAAGAAAAGUUGAGAUUGGCACCAACACCGCACCAUACUGCUGAAAUGGUUGAUAAACUUGUUAAUGAUAUGCUUGAUGUUUGGGUUAAACUUGGCAUUCCAAUCAAAACUGCUCAUUGCAGCAUGUGCAAGGGAAAACCUCUGUGCGAUAGAAUCAACAGUAGCAUUCAAAACAACUGUAGGAUUACCAUCGAGUCAUGCCUAGUUCCCAACUGUUAUCAAUUAAUUAAUGCAUCUGCUUAAAAUCAGUUUUCAUGUUUAACUUAACUCAUUAAUUUUGUUGAACAAGUUCAAUUGUUUAAACUAUUAUUUUGGUUUUUAAUCUUUGGUUAUGGGUAAACAGUCUUACUAUUCUCAACUUGACUUAUAUUCCAAUUUACACACGGAGCCAGAGGAUUGUCAACUUUACAAUAUUCUGAAACUUAUCUUUUAUUACGUAAUACAUUCUUAAUGGUUGCCAUAUAAAUAUCUAAUGGGUUGUUAUAUUGCAAUAACUUGUUGAAUUUUAUUUUUAUUGUACUACUUUUUUCUUUUCUUUUUGUAUAGUAUUAUCUACAAAGACUUAUGUGAAUUCUUGUUGUUUAGUGUUUUAUUGACAUUAUUUGAUUUUAUAACAUUUA